AUGGAGAAAUUGGCACAAUUUGUAACCAAAUCUUUUGAAUAUAAUUUAACCAACAACCGCGUUCAUGACUUGUUUACCUCAAUGACAGGCGUGCGAAUUCAAAAACAAUCGGAAACCACAAAUUCCAUCCUCGUAAAUUCCAAUAGUUCAGGCGAAAGUUAUACCGAUAACUGCACCAGUGACGACGAAACUGUAGAUAUUGAUAUAACUGAUAUCUCUAUUUCGGAAAAUACAGAAAACACAGAAAACACAGUUGGAGAUGAACACAAACCAUCUCCUAAGGAUGCUACGUUCAGAAAACACUGUUCAAGCCAGAGUACACUUCAGUCAAAUGUGUCGAAGCCAAGAAACUGGCUAAUAUCCGAGGAUUUGCAGACGGAAACCAGGUCAGGAGGUAAAAAAGAAAACAUAUCUCCUGGUAAUGUAAGUGACUCCUCAGACGACAGUAGCACGCCAAAAUUUGCAACUGAUGACCUUGCUAUGGAUGAAAAGGCUAGCUCUAAGGAUCAAGCAGCAAUACGACACUCAUCUAUGGUAUGCACUAAUAAGCAGCGCCGAUCCCGUACCAAUUUUACGCUCGAUCAGCUCAACGAACUGGAGCGACUCUUUGAAGAAACACACUACCCUGAUGCCUUUAUGCGAGAGGAAUUAAGUCAGCGAUUGGGGCUUAGCGAGGCUAGAGUGCAGGUUUGGUUUCAAAACAGACGAGCAAAAUGCAGAAAACAUGAAAGUCAAAUUCAUAAAGGAAUCGCAUUACGCAGUCGAAGCCCUUCACUCACGACUCCUAUGGAACCCUGCCGCAUGCCUCCAUAUGUAAGUUUGGCGACCAUACAAAACACAAUAGUUGCAUCGAUCCCUGUGACUGCGACCUCUACAAAUCCACAAUCAGUGAGAAAUAAAAACAAUAGCAAAAAUGUUACUGUAGAUCCGACAUAUACCACAGCAAUAUCACAUUCAGGGACUAAGAAUAUAUCCAGCACCGUCGCCGCAGCGUUUUCAGCAUUUGAUCCAGCCCUUAUUUCGGUGGCCGCUCAUCAGUAUGCUGCUGCAAUAACCAAUGGAAGUGGACUCUUCUCGGUGCCACAGUAUUCAAUAAAUUUGGCUGCAUUUGCCGCAGCUCACAGCAAACGUUCAAGUAUCGCAGAUUUAAGAAUGAAAGCCAAAAAACACUCUGAAUCAUUGGGGUUUGAAACUGAUAUGGUUCUUUAGUAAACACCAUACACAUAUGUAUAUAUUUGGAAUAGAAGAUGUAAAAUACUUUCAAUAGUAUCCAUGUUAA